AAUAAUUAACUCAGAAAAAAAAAACAUAUCUAAAUGAGAAAUUAGGGAUUGAACUUAGCUUUCAUCUUCCUCCUCCUCAAAAUCGGUCUCAUUCCUCUCGUUUGAUCUCACUUAUUUUCAUCUUUUCUCUCCAUUGUUAACUUUCCUAAGUCUCGUGUAGCCUAUCUAUUGCCCACACCUCAAAAUCGAACCAUACAAACCUACGAUAGAUCUAAGACCUCAUAUUCUAACUAGAUUCCCCAAAACCUUCGUCAUUCAACCUUCAUCACCAUCUUAUAUGGAGCAAAGGUCGACUUGACUCAAGGGGGAAUAACAACCAUCGCCAUAUCUUCGAAACUAGGAAUCACAUGAUUUACAAAGUCAGAGUGGAUAAUAGACUCAGGUAUAUUUUAAAUAGGUACAUCAUUGCACUAAAUGUAUAGAAAUUACUUGGUUAUGAUAUACUGCUCACAAUGUACAAGAUAUUCUGGGCAAAAUUUAGAGGGAAAUUGCAAGUAAGAAAGUUGAUGAAGACUUGAGUUCUCCUCCAACAUAUUCAUCCAUAACGAUACUGCAUACUAGUCUUUUAAAAUUUGGACACAAAGAUCAGCCUCAAGAUGUUGAACAAAGCUAAAAGAAUACAUAGAAGGCUUGGAUUUUUUUAAAAUUAUUUCAAUAAUUAAGGUUGUUAAGUGCAAACCAAACAGAGACAACCAACCAGACUGCUAGAUUUUGGGAUUACAUACUACUAAUGAUCAACUCACCAUUUAAUAGAACCAACAUCAACCUGCUCCUUUAAUUUCACGCUGUUAGUUUUUGCACGAAUUUAGCAAACUCUUCCGCACAGCCGGUUCAGUCCUAACUUUCAUAUGUGCUGCAACACUGCGACUCUGGCUCUCUCCGCUCUGGUUGCUACACCGCCGUCGCAUUACUCUCCAUCUGUGAGCAUCUCUGUACCUCGUGCCAUUGUCGUGUCUGUUCGUCCUUCAAGGAACAGAAAACUCAGUUGAUAUCACAUUGUUUUUAAGAAGAUGCUGCCUAGGGCAUUAUUGGCCAAGUUCAUUCCGAAGCCCUCCACUUUUUCUCGUUUCCAAUUCAGUCAACAGGCAUGAUUGCAUAGCAGGAACAAGAAAGCCAUGGAGUUCAUUGCCAAAGGCUGGAAUGCUUUGAAGGAGGUUGAUAGAGUCAUUGAUUAUUGUGAGCUCAAUGAUAGGCGUCUCAUCCCUCUUCUUAAUAAAGCAAAGGAGAAUUUUGAGCUUGCUUUGGAGGCGGAUAACACCAAUACUCAUGCUAGGUAUUGGCUGUCCAGAUUGCAUAUGAAAUACCAUGUUCCUGGAGCAAAUAAGGCUGUCGCGGCAGCAUUAUUGGUAGAAGCAGCUGAUAUGGGUGAUGCUGAUGCACAAUAUGCACUGGGUUGUCAUUUAAGAGUAGAGAAUGAUGAUGUCCAUUCAGAUCAACAAGCUUUCUAUUAUUUGGAGAAAGCUGUGGAUCAGUUGCAUCCAGAUGCUCUUUACCUUUUGGGUGCUGUAUAUUUGACUGGCGACUGUGUUAAGAAAGAUAUUGCAUCGGCGUUGUGGUGUUUCCAUAGGGCUUCAGAGAAGGGUCAUGCUGGGGCAGCUAUUGCGUAUGGAUCUCUUCUUCUUAAAGGUGUCAAAAUUCCGGAAUCAAUAAUAAAAUUCAGUUUGAAGAGAGGUCCCGUUGCUCAUAAACGAGGAAAGAGCAAAGAAAGUAUUGCAAUUGAUCCUAUAGAGAUGGCUAAAGAAAAAUUUCAGAUAGCUGCAAAAGCAGGAUGUGAUCUUGGACUCAAAUGGCUUGCAAGGUUAGAAGAGGAAGAGAAGCGGUUACUCACCCAAGAAUUUUAAAGUUUAAAUUAGGAAAUAAAGUUUUUUAUUUUUCUUUUCAUAUCGGAGUUAGCUUCUCAAAAGCUAAUGAAAUUCCUUUAGAGGAAAAUGUGCAAAAUUAGAUGAAUAAUAUUAGGAACACACAUUUUCAAUUAUCGAUUAAAAUUCAUGCGUUGAACCACAGAAAUCAUUAUUUAGUGGAACCCAUGUUUAUUUUAA